AUGGCGUGCUUCCUGCACACUGAGGAUUGCCAGAAUGAAAGAGAACAGAUCAUGACGACCAACUUGUGGCUGUUUCAGGAGUGGAAUGAUUAUAGGCUAAGAUGGGACCCAGAGAAGUACGAAGGCAUCAAAAAACUGAGAAUACCAUCCAAACACAUCUGGCUUCCGGAUAUAGUGCUUUACAACAAUGUUGACGGUGUGUACGAAGUGUCCUUCUAUUGCAACGCUGUCGUCUCCAACACAGGAGACAUCUUCUGGCUUCCGCCCGCCAUCUACAAGUCGGCCUGCGCCAUCGAGGUGCAGAACUUCCCCUUCGACCAGCAGAACUGCACUCUCAAGUUCCGCUCGUGGACCUACGACCACACGGAGCUGGACCUGAGCCUCACAAGCGACUUCGCCAGCCGGGACGACUUCACGCCAAGCGGGGAGUGGGACAUUGUCUCGCUCCCGGCGCGCAAAAACGAGGAUCCCAAUGACAUCACUUACCUGGAUAUAACCUAUGAUUUUGUGAUCAAGAGGAAGCCGCUGUUUUACACCAUUAAUCUGAUCAUCCCGUGUGUGCUGAUCACGUCUCUGGCUAUCCUGGUGUUCUACCUGCCGUCUGAUUGUAGGGAGAAGAACACGCUGUGCAUCUCAGUGCUGCUGGCCCUCACUGUGUUCUUGCUGCUGAUAUCAAAGAUAGUGCCACCCACCUCUCUUGCAGUGCCACUCAUAGGUAAGUUAUAUUUGCACCACAGCUCCAUACUAAACCCCACAAACACUUCUGGAGGGGCACCUGGCGUUGCUGGCACACUGGACGUCACCAUGGGGAAGGAGGGUGAGGUUUUGGCUCAGACUCUGAGCUUCUGUUUGCAAGGUCACAGCUGCCUCAUGGUGGCUCCCACUGCCUCGUCUGGCACAGAUGCGAGCAGCUCCGGGCUAGGGCCCGAAUCCCUCAUCUCAUCAUCCACUCUGUGCCAUCUCUCGGUCCAGGCCACACCCCAGCAGCGACUGGCACAGGCAGUCUUCUGA